AUGUCCCAAAAUUACCCUCGCUUAGCCUCAAUCCAGGAAGAAAGUCUUGUCAAAACCUCAGUCCUCGUCCGUGGAAUCUCCAUCAUUAUGCUUCUAUUUAUUAUUCCUCUUGAAGGUCUCUUAGAAAGCCGUUUAAUAAGUUGAGGAAAGCACGUCGUAUAUGAUUUUCAACAAGAUAGAACUGAUAAUGGGAAAAUGUUUUUUACAAUAGUGUCAUACCUUGGAGGUGACUGAACUUUAAUUUUUAUUUGUCCUGCAAUUUAUCAUUUUUACGAUGCCAGAAGAGGAAUAAAAUUGAUUUUAAUGAUAAACUUUACGAUGUAUGUCACAAGUUUUCUCUCAUUACUUUACAGAGAGCCAAGACCUUAUUGGGAAGACAAAGAUAUUAAAGGCGUGCUCUGUCUGUCUGGAUUUGCAAAUCCUUCUUACCAAGUGAUGCUGGGAACUGUUAUUUAUGUUUCUAUCGCAAUCGAAAUUUUUCAUAGAAGCAGAUUUAGGAUAAUCGCUUAUGGGAUUGUAGUUAUUAUAGCUACAAUGAUUAGUAUUGGCGGAGUCUAUUUAGGAGAAAUUUUUCCCCAUCAAAUUCUUAUAACUUUGUGCUAUUGCUUUAUAUAUGUUACUGUCGCAUUUGCGUUUGAUAAAACUAUGAUGGAUUUGUCAUUGAAAAGCAGUUUUAAUUAUAAAACCAAUAGGACGUAUAUUGUAUUUUGAUUCAUAGGGACAAUGAUGUUGUUUUUAGGGGUUAUUGGAGUUUUUCAAAUAGUUACGCUGAAUUCAACAGUCAAUUUAAAAUGGAUAAGAAAUGCUACUAAACACUGCUCAUUAAAUUACGACGUAAGCGGGGCAUAUUCAUUUUAUCAUUCAGCAUGAAUUUUCUAUAAUUUUGGACUGGUGACUGGGGCUAUGAUUUCUUCAAAGAAAAUUACCAUGUUCUGGGGUUACACAAAGAUAUGGAAAAAAGUUAUUAGGUUUCUUAUCACAGCUGGGCUGUCAGUUGGGAUUAAAUUAUUAUUUAAUCAAAUUAUCCUUUUAGUAUUAUUUUAUUUAUUUUCUAAUCUAUCAUUAUUAAUGCCAAAUUUAUAUAUUUAUGUAUAAUACUACAGAAGUGGUAACCGAAUAUAUCUGAAAGCAUGCCCUUCCAUUAUUUUUAAUGUCAUUUUUAUAUGCAGGACUCCUCCCCCGUUUUUUUGCCAAACUCCAGCUGCUUGUAAGCCUAGACCCUACAAUUGAUGAAGAAAAUGAACUUAAAUCCAUUCAUGAAAACGAAAUGAAAUUAAUUUAA